GAACGAUCGUUCUCUAGUAACGUUCUCGCGCUUGUAAAGACGACAUUCGACCAAACACUUCCACCUGCGGGGAAAGUAACCAAAAACAGUGAAAAUGAAGUGUACAUUGGUUUGUGUGGCUCUAUGCUUUGUGGCGAUCGCCGUGGCCGUCCCAGUCCCGGACCAGAACGCCGAAACGCUCAAGUACGACAGCAACAUUAACGGUGUCGACGGGUACAGCUAUCAGUAUGAGACGAGCAACGGAAUUUCGGCCCAGGAAGCCGGCGAGCUGAAGAAUGUCGGUGAGGCGUCGGCACUGGCCGUACGUGGCUCGUUCACUUACACUGCCGACGAUGGACAGGUGUACACCGUCAACUACAUUGCGGACGAGAACGGAUUCCAGCCGGAAGGGGAGCACAUCCCGAAGGAGUAGAUCGUUCGGCACACGAGAUUGAUCAAGAGUUUGUAAAUAAAUGUUGGAAAAUGUAUAGAAAAGGUCCGUGUGGCGGAUUUAAAUUUGACAGAUAUGA